AAUUAACACAUACAUAAUAUAUAUACACAAUGUCUAAAGGAAAAGUUUGUUUAGCUUACUCUGGUGGUUUAGAUACUUCCGUUAUCUUAGCCUGGUUAUUAGAACAAGGUUACGAAGUCAUUGCCUUUUUAGCCAACAUUGGUCAAGAAGAAGAUUUCGAAGCUGCUGAAAAGAAGGCCUUGGCUAUUGGUGCCACCAAGUUUGUCGUUGUUGAUGUCCGUAAGCAAUUUGUGGAAAAGGUUUGUUUCCCAGCCAUCCAAGCUAAUGCCAUUUACGAAAACGUUUACUUGUUGGGUACCUCUUUAGCCAGACCAGUUAUUGCUGAAGCUCAAAUCAAGGUUGCCGAAGAAAACGGCUGUUUUGCCGUUUCCCACGGUUGUACCGGUAAGGGUAACGAUCAAGUCAGAUUUGAAUUGUCAUUCUACGCUUUGAAGCCAGAUGUCGUUGUUAUUGCUCCAUGGAGAGACCCAGAAUUCUUCAACAGAUUUGCCGGUAGAAAGGAUUUGUUGGAAUAUGCUGCUUCUAAGAAUAUUCCAGUUGCUCAAACCAAGGCCAAGCCAUGGUCUACCGAUGAAAACUUGGCUCACAUUUCUUUCGAAGCUGGUAUCUUGGAAAACCCAGAUACUACUCCACCAAAGGAUAUGUGGAAGUUGACUGUUGACCCAACUGAUGCCCCAGAUGUUCCAGAACAAUUCUCUGUUGUUUUUGAAAAAGGUUUACCAGUUAAGUUGAUCUUGGACGGUGGUAAGAAGGUUGUUUCUGACCCAGUUGAAUUAUUCAUUGAAGCCAACUCCUUGGCUAGAAGAAACGGUGUUGGUAGAAUCGAUAUCGUUGAAAACAGAUUUAUCGGUAUCAAGUCCAGAGGUUGUUACGAAACUCCAGGUUUGACCAUUUUAAGAAACGCCCAUGUUGAUUUAGAAGGUUUGACUUUGGAUCGUGAAGUCCGUGCCAUCAGAGAUCAAUUUGUCACUACUACUUACUCCAAGAUCUUGUACAAUGGUAUGUACUUUACUCCAGAAGGUGAAUACGUUAGAUCCAUGAUCCAACCAUCUCAAAACACCGUUAACGGUGUUGUUAGAGCUGCUGCUUACAAGGGUUCCGUUACUAUUUUAGGUAGAUACUCUGAAACUGAAAAGUUGUACGAUGAAACCGAAUCUUCUAUGGAUGAAUUAACUGGGUUCUCUCCAGAAGACACCUCUGGAUUCAUCGCUGUCCAAGCCAUCAGAAUCAAGAAGUACGGUGAAGCUGCCAGAGAAAAGGGUAACUCUUUAACUUUGUAAAUUUAACGAGAUAGUUAUGUGUAUAUAUAAUUUAAUUUAUUGUCAUGGUCAUAUAAAAAAGAUUCACGUAAAAGUGUCUCUAAAGCUGGAUAAAUUAUCUAAGAAUGUCGUAGGUGUCUUUCCAAUAAGGUUGACUGGUAUACUUCGUUUUGCAACUGUAUUAGUUUUGCUUAAUUCGAGAUGACUACGCAACUGAACUAUGAGUGAGUCCAAGACUUCAUACUGUGACUUGGUCAGACUCUUAACAUCCUCACGGAAGUCCUGCCUAUGAUUUAGGUAAUAGUACGCUGUCAACCACAACACCUUAUUAAACAUAGGAAAUCUAAAUCGUGAAGGAACUUUAGUUGUUUUUUCAAUAUUAUUAAUACUCAAUUGCAUCUUCAUAUCUCUUAAGGUAAGAUAAUUACCACCAAUAACUAUUGAAUCUUCAGGGGUAUGAACAGCAUGGAUCCAUCCACUAGGAAUAAUAAACAAAUCUCCUGGAUGUAACGUAACCUUAAACCCAUUUUCCGGUGAUAUCCGUUGUUUGUUCUUGACUAUCGAGUACUCUCCAAACCACAUAAAGUUUUGGCUAGGUUCGAGACACCAAGAGGUGUAUAACUCCAAGUUGUUUUCUGUUGGUGGAUACAUCAAGAAAGUUUUGAGUCCCAGACAUACAGUAUAAUACACGGACGUUCCCCCAAAAUCAAUAUGAAAGUCAGUAAAUGAGUUCUUGACCGACAUUAAACAAUACUUUGUGACUUUUGAUCGAGGCUGUUCAUCCUCUUUAUCCCAUACUUUAUCGACAAGAUCCAAAUCACGAACCAUUUUGGGUCUGAUGAACGUAUCACCGAGACCUUCUACCAGGGAUAUCUCCAAGGAAAUGACAUUUCUUAUUCGAUCCCGAGAUAUUUCGUCAGUCAUGAAGUAAUCUCGCCAUUGUCCCAUUUUCCAACCUGGUUGCACGCUCUGUUGAGUGAGGACAUCCAUUACUUCCACAGGUUCGUCUUCUCCCACAAGAUUUGUAAUGUAUUGAAUGGUGAUUUUCUUACGGUCGGCAGGUAAUUCCAUACCCACUUUGGACAAAUCGGCAUUGGUGAUUAGAAUUGGCUUUACCAUCUGUGAAUCAAGGGCAUAUUCUUUAGUUAGUUCGUCUACACUGUUGAUACACUGGUCGAUAGCACUUUCAGAGGUAAACUCCAAAAACUUGCUUAAGUGGGGGUGACUUGACUUGUCUACGGCAAAAGCAUCACCUUCAUUCAAUGCUACAUAGUCAAUUGAUACUUUUGCACGUUUAGAUUUCCGUUUAAACACGGAUGGUCCAUGGACUUUACUGCACUGUUUGCAAUGGUAAGAAUGUAAGUUAUUUAUUUCUGCCGGGGUGAGUCGUACACACUGGGCAUGGAACCAUUGAUUGCAUACGUCACAUUGGAUCCAUGAUAUAUUGGUAAUAGACUUUGAGUCGUCUAUGGGGUUGGAUGUACAAAUUGGACAUGUGUCUGUUGUAGUUGGCAUAUUCAGUAGUAAACAAC